CGACGAGGACGAACGAGCGCACAGAGAAAGAGAAAGAGAGAGAGAGAGCGCGACGCGAUGUGACAGCUCGAAAUGUGUGCCACAGCCGCCCCUGCUCUGCUCUUCGUUCUUGUCCAGUGGGUCCUCAUGACGCUAUUAGUGACGCGCGUGACCAGCGCGCCCUUGGGCGGCGAAUCCGCCCCCGACGACGGCGUCCUCGCCGGCCAGGACUUCCUCUCCGUGUUCCUCGAGUCUUCGAUGCGCCGCAACCCCCGCCCCCAGCCCUUCGAGGACGCGACCGAGCCCUACGCGCGCGCCUCGAGGGAGACUUCGCCGGAGGAGACGACGGAGGCGCCGCCCCCGACGACGACGACGCCCGCAGACGCGAAAAGCGUCGCCCCGCGGGACAACCGCGACCUGGCCACGCCUCGUUUCAACGUGUCCGAGCUGAUAGGAGUCGGGGGCGGCGCCCGCCAGCCGCCCCCGUUCCAUCACAGUUUCAUCUACCACGACGGGCCGCGGGAGGCGGCGGGCCGCGCGAGGUCCGUCUCCUACAGCACCGUCAUCCGGGCGGCGCCGGAGGCGGCGGGCAAGGGCGCCGCCUCCGACGGGAGACGCGUCUACGGCCGGCCGGAGCAAAACUACGAGGUCGACGAGACCCUCAGCGUAGAAACGAACGGUAGAACGCACGGCGUCCAGGCGAAGACGCCGACUAUCGACGCCGCCUCCAAGGAGGAGGACGGCCAGAAGGUCGGCUACGUGGUGGAGGGCCGGAACUACCGGAAGUACAGGGUGGAGGAAAGAACGGCGGACGGGUUCAUCGUAGGCGAGUAUGGAGUGGUCAGCAACGACGACGGCUCGCUGAGAGGGGUGCGGUAUACCGCGGACGGCACCAUCAACCCCCGUCUCAUCUACGACGCCCUGAUGAAGUUCCUGUCGUUGUGACGAAACGCGUAGUCGAAAAAUUGCGUACGCCCGAAAAGGGAGCGUCGCGCAAAAUACAGAGGGCGGUUCGUUUUUUCGAGGACUUUCGAAAAUGUCCCGUGCGUUCUUAUUUCAAAGAGUGCGAGUCUACUUUCUGUAUAAUAAAAGUGCAACCGCGGCUCGUCGUCAGUAUAUUAGCCUUUAUACAGAGCACUGAGCUCAUUCAAAACAGAUAUUUCCAAGGCUCGCAAAGCAAUUGGCAGAAAACGGUAACAUAUUAAGUGACGUGACUGACUGCAAAGUAGAACAAAGUAAAAAAUUCUUUAACUAUUCUAAAUACUGCCGUAGGUGACCACCAUUUUUCAUCACCCUAAUUGUAUGAUAUCUUGAGGGACACCCUCUUGCCUCUUGCUUGCCAUAUAAGCAGCGCUCAUAUAUUUAGGGGUGAAUUUUUUAUAUAUUGUGUCGGUGCUCUAGGAGUUGCAAAUAAUAUACUUUUGAUAUAUAAAUAUCCGACCCAUCUAUGAUACCACACCAUACAUUAAUUGAUUGGUACCCCUGGGUUUUUAUUUCACGUAUUUUUCUAGUAUUACUUAAAGACCGAACUUUCAUCAGUCCAUAAAAUGUUUUUCAAAAAAUUAUUGUUCUCAUUACGUCUAUUUAAAAAAUCUAAACACAACUCUUUUGUCAUUGUUCUGCACUUAGUUUUUGAGUUUAACGGAAUUUAAAUGCAUUAUAUUUAUAUUCUUUCAAAACUCAAAUCCCAGAGAAAUACCUGUGUCUUCAUAUACUCUAGCAAUAGAGGAAACUGAACGUGCUUCAUAGAAUCCUAGUAUGUUUGCCUUAUUUUCUUCAUUUCAAACAAUAUGAUUCCAGCAUACCUUUUUAGGAUUUGAUACGUUACCGUUUUUGUGCAAAUUUCUUUGCAGCCUUGGAAAUCUCUGUUUCGUCAUAUGUCAAAACAUAUAUAUAUUUCCUUUGUCAGUCGGGACACUCUAUCAAAUUAUAUGAAAAUACACAUAUAUAAUAUACACGGUGUUCCAUUUUUAAAAAUAUGAUGUAGGCUUAUAUGUCAGACAAUUGAUAUUGUUUUGUUUUAUACGUCACUUGGAAAAAAAGUUGGCCAUAUCUCCAAAAACAAAAAAGUUUAAAAUGUUGAGGUCUAGUACAUGUACGCCAAAUUUCAUUAAAAACGUUCACGUUUAGAACGCAGGCACAAAUGAACUUUUAGAAAACACCCUGUAAAGACGUUGGGUCAAAAACCAAGUACAUGUGGCGCCACAAAUAUAGCGGAAAAAGAUCAUUUUUAAUGAAAAUAGAUACAACAAUAAAAUAUUACGAAUGGCACUUUUUGGGAAAGGCUGUAUUGGAGUACCCUUGCCAAUCUUCAUAGAUAAAUUUAUAAAAAAAAAUCCGCAAUAAUAAUAAUAAUAUGUGGAUUUGUGUUAUGAAUGAUGUGAAAGAGUAGUUCAGCUGCUUGGUUCGCAAAGCGUUUAAAAAAAGUCUCAAUUAGAUGAUAUUUAAUUGAAAGACACUUGACGGGCAUCGAAAGCCUCCGAAAACUCGAAAUUUUUUUCGCGUCGAUUGCUGUUAUUUUCGAAAAAACGCGAUAUUUUCGUCGGGAGGGGGGUGGGGGGUCGUUCGGCGUCGAGACAAUGCGCGUUGCCUCCGCCGAAAGAUCCUUCGCCCAUAAACUGGGUGUCUCAAAAAAAAAACGAUUAUUUUUAAACAACAGAUUUUGACGUUUUUUUUUUUUUUGAAAUACCCCGUGUGUACGGGGCGUUAAAAAGUAAUAGGCCGCCUCGUAUACGCAAAACGGGUCGGGAACGCGGCGUUGCCAAGUUGUCGUUUAUUUCCCCGGAUCGACGGGCGCGAUAACAAUAUAUCCCGACUGCGCGACGUUGCAAAAUCGUGCAGUUUUUCGCUGUUUAACGACGCCGACUUUAGGCACUUGCUCACUGUUUUAUUUUAAGUUUAAGUGUAAAGAAUAUGUAAAUAGCGCCCGCGUCAUAGACUAUCCCAGCUAGCUAAUAUAUAUACAUUAAACCAC